UUUAAGGUGCUAACGCCACCACGUGCUAGCUGGCUGCUUGUCUACCUGGCUUGCUGACUCGCUGGCUCCUUUACUCGGUUGCUUGUCUCUCCUCCAGUGAUUUCAAUUGGUGAAGCCUUCGAGAAAGAGUGAGGGAGAGAGAGAGAGAUCGGUUAUACUACUGUACCUGAUCGUGCAAGUGACAGCAACACGGUGCGUGGGUGUGGGAUCCGAAGAUCAGUCAGUGAGAGAAAUGUAUUUUAACCUAAGAAAAUCAACAUCUACGGCUUAUAUCUAAAGUAAGUGUACAAUAUAAAGACGACCACCUUAAGCUAAACUUUAACAACAGUGCUAGUGUCAUGAGUGUCUAGUGACAAACUCGGAUCGUAAUAACAGUACGGAAAACCGCUGUCCGUAGAGUGCAGUAGUGAAUGCGCCAGCCUUCCUCGGGAUUUAGGCACGAACUUUCUAAAUAAAGGCGACUAAUGUUGCCAUUAAUUACUGUCCCGGGUCAGCACAUGAGUUUUACCCGGUAAAAGAAGAAGAAGAAGGAGAACAAGAACAAGAACAAGAACAAGAACAAGAGGGAGAGAGAGUUAGAGAUAGAGAUAGAGAUAGAUAGAGGAGUCCAGGGAAUCAGGUUCGCGUUCUAAUCUCCUCCAAAGCAACUUCAGAUUUGUGGAUGGUCAUCGUACCGACUUAAAGCUUCCAUUCAAAAUGGCGCUCGCGAUCUACUUCCUGGCAGCAAUUGCCGUCGUGGGCAGCACUCCUCCCCCGUCCUCGCAGUCCUCUUCCACAGACGACAUUAACUUCGACAUACCGAUGGGGCCCAGACCCGCGCCCCGAGCCGUAUUCUUUGGCGUGGGUACGCCAGUCCAAAUCGAUGCCGGUGCCACUGCAGUUCAGCGAGUCGAGAGACGUUGGAACGAAGAUCUUGUCGCACGUCGCCGAACACGGCAUCAACGAGACCCUUUACCUGACCAAUGUGAAGGAGCCUCAACUAUUCAAUGAGGGAUACCACCUGAAGAAGGGUCAUCCCGGUCUGUACCUGGCGGCCUUCAACAAGCAGAAGAAGAAGAGCAAAGAUCUUGCCAGCUUUGGAUACGCGUCUCUCAAGGCGUCGGAACUCUUGUCGAAACAGUUUCUCCUGACGAGACAGCAGUCGCUCUUCGGCCUGGAGCAAGUCUCCCUCAGAAACACGGCGCUCUUCGAGGUGUGCCCCGUCAAAACGGAGGAGUUUAACGAGCAGUCGUGCCCGGCAUAUUCCGUCAUGUACCGCACCCUGGACGGAACCUGCAACAAUCUCGACAAGCCGGAGUGGGGAGCUGCGUACAGACCUUUCGCCCGCUUUCUCCCUCCGGAUUACAGUGAUGGCAUCGAGGUUCUGCGGGAGAGCGUGAGGGGAGGAGACCUCCCCAACCCGAGGAAGACCAGCGCCACCAUCCACAGGGCCCUCAACCGCCCGGCCUACAGGAUCACUAUGAUGGUUAUGCAGUGGGGGCAGUUCCUCGACCACGACCUGACAGCAACUGCUCAGACACGUGGGUUCAACCACAGCGUCCCCAAAUGUUGCAACGAACAGGACGGAUCACCGCUUCCGGAGGCAUUCAGGCAUCCGGAUUGUUUGCCGAUCAUCAUCCCAGCAACAGACCCUUUCUACUCGCAGUGGAACCACACGUGUAUGGAAUUCGUCAGAUCCUCGCCGGCUCCAAGACCGAACUGCGCUCUCGGACCUCGAGACCAAAUCAAUCAGGUGACGUCAUUCAUCGACGCUUCAAACGUCUACGGCUCCGAUGACCAAGAAAUGGCUCAGCUUCGCUUAUGGGAACACGGUAUGUUGAAGUACAAGCCAGUCAGAUUCCGCAAGCCGCUCCUGCCUCCAUUGGACCACUUCGACGAAGGAGAAUGUAGGGAAAACUCCCGGAAUCUUCAUUGUUUCUUGGCUGGCGAUGUGCGCGUCAACGAGCAACCAGCACUGACGAGCAUGCACACAGUGUGGCUUCGUGAGCACAAUCGCCUGGUGGUGGAACUGUCGGAAGUGAAUCCCCACUGGAACGACGACCGUCUCUUCUUCGAAGCGCGGAAGAUAGUCGGUGCCAUGAUGCAGAAGAUCACCUACGGCGAGUGGCUGCCCACGGUCCUCGGCCCUGCUGUCAUGAAGGUCUUCCGUCUCCCGCUGCAGAAGUUCGGGUAUUACAGAGGCUACAAGGGCGACGUCAACCCUUCUGCGACGAACGCCUUCGCGACUGCCGCCUUCAGGUUCGGGCACAGCCUCGUCCAGCACACCCUCAUGAGAUGCGACAAGACCGGCAGGAGGGUUCCUUUCACUAUCAAGCUUCACCAGGAGCUGAUGAACCCUUCCAAUAUCCAUAACUUCGGCAGCGUCGAUCGCCUCUUGUUGGGCCUCGUGUUCGAAAUGGCUCAGGGGCGGGACGUCUAUAUUACCAACGAACUCACUCGGCAUCUCUUCCAGACCCCAGGCCAUCAUUACGGCAUGGACCUGGCGGCUCUGAAUAUCCAGAGGGGGCGUGACCACGGCCUCCCGUCCUACAACAUCUGGAGGGAGCAGUGUGGUCUUCACCGUUUCACGAACUGGGGCGAACUCCUGCAGGUGAUGGACGACGAUACCGUCGGGCGCCUUGCUGCCGUGUACAAACACGUAGACGACAUCGACCUGUUUCCAGGAGGUCUGGCAGAAAAGCCGGUCAUCAGGGGUCUGGUCGGACCAACAUUCGCCUGCAUCUUAGGGCAGCAAUUUCUGAACCUGAGAAGAGGCGACCGCUUCUGGUUCGAGAACGGAGGAUUCGUAUCUGCGCUCAGCCCUGAUCAGCUGCGCGAGUUGCGCAAAGUGACCCUGGCCCGGGUCCUCUGUGAUAAUUUGGACGAUAUCGACGACAUCCAGCCCUUCGUCUUCCGACCCCCAACUGAGAACGGAAGCAAUGUGCGAGUAUCCUGCGGCAACGUAGAGACCAUUCCAAGCCUGGAUCUGUCCUUCUGGAAGGAAGAGGUCGACUCCCAGUUUCCUGGACUCCUCUACGCCGGAGGGAUCAUCAAUAUGUCCAUCAUCACCACGGAGGAUUCUCAAAGCGAUCCCAGUUACGACUACAACGAGCAAACGUCCGGCUUGCCAGAGGAAGACCUGUACUACUUGGAGUCCGACGACGGCUUCGAGGACUACGACGAGGCCGCCCUCCAGCACAUCUUCUCCAGUGAGCUGCCGCGCCCCUUCGAGGAGACUGACGAGAAGUCGGGCAAGGAAGACCUGGAGAGCAACGGCCACUCCCCCCAGGCGUACUCCAAAGGACCUAGCCUGGCUGAGCUCACAGACCACAACUUCAAGAACGUCAUAGAACACGCCUAUUCCAACACGCUCUUCUAUGGGAGGAACCUGAAUAACUGAAGAAGCGUAUUUCGGCUCGUGUCUCUCUCUUAAUUAUUUUAUAAUAGUCGUCUUCUGUUCCAGUGUACGCUUUUCUGUCGAGCUUGCUGAAGUGUUAUUCUUUUUAUUUAUUCCAUGCGGCAGUCUUAUUCUUAAGUAAGAACAGCGGAUGAAACUUGAGUUUGGUCCACGCGUUUUGUGGCAGUGGUAAGACAUAAUGUCUGAAAACCAAGACAGUUAGACCACAGCUAGACCAAAGCAACCCAUCCCAACGUCAGGUUGGGUGUGCGACCAUAUGAAACCUUGCCUGAAGUCACGUUUUAUCUGACAGAAAAUAUAUUUUGGUCAGUUUUUUAUUUCGCUGUUGUGUAUUGUCACAUUUCGUUUACCGUAUAUAGUAUUAGCAAUGUUGUUGUUGCAUAUGAGAUUUUUGAAUGUUCUGUUGUUAAUAGUGAAGUUAUUUUUGUAUUAUUCUCGGAGAGCUAAUGAUUUUAGUCAGUAUGGCGAUGAGGUGAAGGAAAUCAAUCUAUGUGUAGUUGUAGUGAUCCAUGAUCUCCGUUUUCAUUUCCGAUUUUUCAUGUACAGUCUUCAGAAGAGGCUAGACCUAUAUAUAUCAGACGUUGCUAUAUAUAUCGGACGAGGCUUGACUUGACUCCUUGCUCGUAAAACUUUACUCCUUGUUCCUUAAAUCUGACUCUUUAGGGAAAAUAAACAUGCUGUUUGAUAACCGCCAAAAUAGUUUCGUAUUCAGCAACGUGUGUGAGACAACGGUAAAUCCAAGUUAUUGCGUUUCUCGAUUUUUUGUGCGUACUGGAUUUUCCUAACAGGGUUAGUUGGGUUACAGGGGAGGCCAUUAAAACUUAA